AUGGCUAUGUUAGCAGCACCCCGUCGCAAACAAAAAGUGAUUAAUUUACGUGCUAAAAACAACGCUUGGAGCAAUGAUUCAAAUAAAUUCGGUCAGCGAAUGUUGGAAAAGAUGGGUUGGAGCGAAGGCAAGGGGUUAGGAGCUAAAGAAAAUGGUAUUGUGGAGCAUGUAGUAGCUAGAUACAAGAAUGAUGAAAAAGGACUGGGUUUUGAAGAUAAAAAUGAUCAGUGGACAAAGCAUGAAGACGAUUUUAAUUCGUUAUUAGCCAAUUUGUCCAAUAGUGAUAAUAAUGAUGAAAAGCUUCACAGUGGUGUAUCUCUUGAGGUCAAAUCAAAGAAAAGUAAGGCUCGGGUUCAUUAUCACAAGUUCACUCGAGGUAAAGAUCUUACUCGCUACAGUGAAAAGGAUUUAGCAAAUAUUUUUGGAAAAAAGAGCUUAAGGAAAGAAGAUAAACAAGACGAUAUUUUAAAAGAAGAUGUUGUACCUACGGAACAAGUGUUUAAAGAUAAAGGCAGCAUGGUCGAUUAUUUUAAAAAUAAAUUAGCAUCUUUUAAGUCUAAUAAUAAUGUCAACAAAAACUGUAAUAGCUUAAAUAAUGAAGAUAGAAGUGAUUGUGGCUUCACAGGGUUUUCUGGAACACGAAAUGAUGAUGGGGGCACUGAAAAAGAUCAAGAAUAUCAAUUUCAGGGAUUUUCUUGUUAUAAGUCUAAAGAAAGUAUAGAAGGAAACUUGGUUGAUGACAAUGUUGAAAAUGUAAAGAAGAGUAAGAAAAAGAAGAAGAAGCAAAAACAUUUAGAUGAUGAGCAACCACAACUUGAUAAUGUACAAAAUGAUGAAUGUGAUCAUAGUAACAUUAGUCAGGAUAAUAGUGAAGUUAUAAUAAAAAAAGAAAAGAAGUCAAAAAAGAAAAAAAACCCCGAUGAGCUUAUAUUGAAAAACAAUACUGAAGAAUCUAACAAACAAAUGGAAGUUGUUGAAGAACACACCACUGAUGAGUAUGUGCCCAAAAAGAAAAAGAAACGAAAAAAUAGGGAUGUUGUCAAUGAAUAA